ACCUGUCACCCAAUUUUAUAGAGAGAGAAAGAGAGGGUUCUUUAGAUUUGUGUUGUUUUCUUUGGUUUCAUUUUUUUCUAUCUUAUUUUCUCCUCCUCCAUUUUUAUAUGUUGUUUGCAGGAAACUGAAACAGGGGAAGAAGAGAGAGAAACAAGAGAGAGAUAGAAAACUUCUCUUUUUGUGUUUCUCUCUUUUGAUUUUGAUAAUUUUUAUUUUUUUUUGAGGUUUGAUUUGAGGGUAAUUAGGUUGUGUAUUAGGUUGGAAUCAACAAAUAUGAAUAUGAUGAGAAGGUUGAAAAGCAUUGCAUCUGGGAGAACCUCUAUUUCAUCAGAUCCUGGAGGGGAUUCUACCACAAAAAGAGCCAAGUUUGAUCAAGAGACUGAAAGAAAGGAUAAUGAGGAAACAAACCGUGUUGAGAGAGGUGGAAAUAUUCGGGAGAAGUAUGUAGAUGCAUCACAAGAAGAUACAUCUGAUACAUUUAAUUCUUCUAAUGUUUCUAUGGUGAAUAAAACCGAGAAGUCAAGUUGUGAUCAACUUCCAAAAGAAUUGCACGAAAUGAAAAUUAAAGAUGAGAAAAGCAAAAACAACAAUGAAAAGGAUAUGGAGGCAACUAUUGUGAACGGAAAUGGAACAGAAACUGGUCAAAUAAUUACAACUUCUAUUGGUGGUCGAGAUGGACAACCAAAGAGGAUAAUCUCAUACAUGGCAGAACGUGUCGUUGGUACUGGUUCUUUUGGUGUUGUUUAUCAGGCAAAGUGCAUUGAAACUGGUGAAGCAGUUGCAAUAAAGAAAGUCUUACAAGACAAGAGAUAUAAAAAUAGAGAACUCCAGGUUAUGCGUAUGCUUGAACAUACUAAUGUUCUUAAACUAAAGCACUGUUUCUACUCGACGGCUGAGAAAGAAGAUGUGUACCUUAACUUAGUUUUGGAGUAUGUACCUGAAACUGUCUACAGAGUUUCAAAGCACUAUGUCAGGAUGCACCAACACAUGCCUAUAAUUUAUGUGCAACUAUAUACAUAUCAGAUAUGCCGCGGUUUAAAUUAUAUGCACCAUGUGGUUGGAGUUUGUCAUCGUGACAUCAAACCCCAGAAUCUAUUGGUUAAUCCCCAGACUCAUCAGUUAAAGAUAUGUGAUUUUGGGAGUGCAAAAAUGUUGAUGCCCGGUGAACCCAACAUAUCAUACAUAUGCUCCCGAUAUUAUAGAGCUCCUGAACUUAUAUUUGGUGCAACGGAAUACACAACUGCCAUCGAUGUUUGGUCUGCUGGCUGUGUUUUGGCUGAGCUUCUUCUAGGACAGCCAAUGUUUCCUGGAGAAAGUGGAGUUGAUCAGUUGGUAGAGAUCAUUAAGGUCUUGGGAACACCAACUAGAGAAGAAAUAAAGUGCAUGAAUCCAAAUUACACUGAAUUUAAGUUUCCUCAGAUUAAAGCUCACCCGUGGCACAAGAUCUUUCACAAAAGGAUGCCUCAUGAGGCAGUGGAUCUCGUGUCGAGGAUGCUUCAGUAUUCGCCAAAUCUACGUUGCACUGCUUUGGAUGCAUGUGCACACUCCUUCUUUGAUGAUCUUCGAGACCCAAAUGCACGCUUACCGAAUGGACAAGCACUUCCGCCGUUGUUUGAUUUCACAGCUCAAGAAUUGGCAGGCACACCAGAUGAGUUGCGUCGGCGUCUCAUUCCCGAGCAUGCAAGGAGUUGAUUUUUCUUUCUUUGGCGUUGUAAAUUGGCUUUGGAUGAAUAGAUAACAAGACCAGCAAUGCUACCUUCCCUAACAGUUCAGGUCUCUGCUGUCCAACCUGCACAAUCAUGACAUUACAACUCAUUUGAACCUCAAAACCAUGCAACCUCUUUAUCAAGGAUCUGCAGAUGACAAUCAAAUGGAUGAUGUAGUAGUGCCUGCUAAAAGGGUUACAUCCAGUUUUAAAGUAGCUUAUGAUUGAUGUAUGCCUCAAUUUUAAAGGAUAUUGAGUUCAUACAAUUCUUUUACUCAUGUUUCAUAUAGAUCCAGCUUGUUUGUUACUCAAAGUGAACUGACUAUGUGGAAUCAUCAAUCAAAUGAGUAGGCAUCUUUUUUUUUUUUAAUUUU